AUGAAGUUCACACUCGCCCUCACUUUACUUAGCGUCUUCGCCGCAGCCUCUGCUCGAUCAUGCACUCCCAGUGGCGGUAAGUCUCCAGUCGCAAUGUGUACCUCACAUAUGAUCUGAGAGCUAAUUUCAACUCAGCGAACUGCGCCAGCACAGUUGCACCAUCCUGCUGCAGCGGCCUUACUUGCCGGGCCGGCCGCAAUGGUGGAUUGCUUUGCACACCAUAAUGGAGCCUUGAGUGUAAGUCCAUACAUAAUAAACAGCUGAUGAUAUCCCUAUCAAUAUGCUAAUAGAAAGCUGCAGAGACGUCCUUCAAUUUGACUACAGUGUAA